CCAGGACUGCGGGGGCUGGCUUACAACAUCAACGAGUACAUAAAGUUUGCCUAUUCCCCCGCAACGAAAAAGGGAGAGGCCUGAUAACUGUACAGUCACUUGCUAGUACCUGCAUAUAACCUUCUUGCACACUAUCUACUACUCAAUCUGCCUAAUUUCUUCAUUUCUCUUUUCGAGCUGGUCCUUGACAGCAUCUAUCAAAGCCAUGGCAAAGACGCUGCCCGAUGGGAUUUAUGCCCCUCUGCCUGUUUUCUUUAACGAGAGCGAUGAACUAGACUUCGAGGCAUAUGCAAGGCAUGCUAAAUUUGUCACUGCUCCAAGAAUUUUCCCUGUCGUCUCGGCCAGUAUAGGAGAAGCGGCCCAUUUGGAUAGCCAAGAGCGUAUAAAAUUAAUCCAGACUUUACGACUUGCCCUUGAUGAUAUCGGCUUAUAUAAGACGCCAAUUGUUGCUGGCGUUGGCGCUCACAGCACUCGGCAAACUACGCAACUGGCGCAUGAUGCGGCUGCUGCUGGAGCAGACUUUGUCCUCGUAGUUCCACCAGGCUACUAUGCAGGUGUCCUGAAGACAAAUCCGACAGCGAUAAGGAAGUUUUUUAUUGAUGUGGCCGCUGCAUCACCAGUACCAGUAAUCAUUUAUAACUUUCCAGCAGUUUCUGCAGGAAUUGAUCUAAGUAGCGAUGAUGUUGUGGAAAUUGCAAAAGCAGCACCAAACAUAUGCGGAAUCAUGCUGUCUUGCGGCAAUGUCGGAAAAUUGGCAAGAAUUACUGCCCUCGUUGAUGACUCGUCGUUCAAAACUCUCGCUGGGUUCAUCGACUUCCUCCUUCCAUCUGUUGCUGUUGGAUCUGCAGGUGCUAUCAGCCCGUUGCCCAACAUCGCGCCGAAUUUUAGUUCAAAGCUGUGGCAGGUGGCCCAAAGCCUAGGAAGCGGUGUUGAUUUCCAGGAAGCCAAGGAACUCCAAGGCAAGGCUUCGUUAGGAGAAACAGCUUUACUAAAAGAAGGGCUUCCGGGCUUGAAGGGCUUGCUCAACCAACAGUUUGGAUAUCCUGCAGCGCCUAGGUUGCCACUGAUGGUGGUAAGCAAUGAUGCAGUUACAAAGAUGUCUGCAAAUAAGCACCUGCAAGACGUAAUGGCUCAAGAGAAAAUAUUAGAAACAAUGAAUGAAAGAUAGCAUGGGGAUUGCAGUGAUGAGAUAGCCACGGCGGCGCAAACAUGGUCUUUGCUAUAGAGCUAUGGUAUGCCAAGGUGUGGCGAUUCUGGUUACUUCCCAAGAAAGAAGUGAAGUUUUUAUUGCAGGAAUGUUAUGUCGGAUUAAAUUGCCC